AUGGGUCAGACCAUCGUGAUUCUCAGCGACGCGCAACUUGCAUUCGAACUUUUAGACAAGCGCUCGCUGAAGCAUUCCUCGAGACCAUCGCAAACAUUCAUUGGCGAGAUGGUCGGCCUAGAGCACCUUACUGGCAUGGCCGUCUAUGACGAGCGGUUUCGUGCGCAGCGCAAGUCUAUGGGCCGGAUACUUGGCUCCAAGAAUGCCGCAGCGAAAUAUAACGAGGCCCAAGAGGCUGAAGUUGGACAUCUCCUGCUGCACCUGCUGAACGACCCGCAGAACUUGGUGGAACAUAUCAAGAAGGAAGCCGGCUCUUUAAUUGUCAAGAUUGUCUAUGGCUACACUGCGGAACCGUUUAAGAAAGACCCUUUCCUGGAGAUGAUUACCCAAACCAUGGACAAUUUCUCGGAGGGUGCUACGCCCGGCGCCUUUUUGGUUGACGUUUUCCCCUUUUUAAGAUAUCUACCCAACUGGGUUCCUGGGACAGGUUUCAAACAACUAGCAAAGCAAUGGAAAGCCCAGAUGGAGGAGACCAGAGACAGGCCGUAUGCUUUCGUCCAGCAUCAAAUCGCGCAAGGCAAGGAUAACUCGUCAUAUCUGGCGAAUCUCCUCGACUCCCCUGACCAAUCGCCAUUCAAUCAGCAUAACAACAAGUACUCCGCGCUGGCUGUUUUCGGAGGUGGCGCAGAUACAACCGUCUCGACCGUUGCGUCCUUUUUCCUUGCCAUGAUGGUGCAUCCCGAGAUCCAGAAGAAGGCCCAAGAGGAGAUUGAUAGGGUCGUUGGUAGUGCAAGACUGCCGAAUAUCCAGGAUCGUGAGAAGCUUCCUUAUAUCGAAGCCCUAGUCAAAGAGAUCAUGCGUUGGCACCCUAUCGGCCCUAUGGGUCUUCCCCACUCAAGUACAGAAGACGAUGUCUUCGAAGGCUACUUCAUUCCGAAGGGGUCCAUGGUGCUUCCCAACAUUUGCACAGGCGUCAUCAGCCACCCGGAGCCAUUCGAGAUCUCCAUCAAGCCUCGAUCGGCGGAGCAUGAACGGUUGAUUCGCUCGAUUGAGCAAACCUACCCGUGGGAGGAGAGUGAUGCCAAAACUCUGGAGAGAAUGGCGGUCUAG